AAAUAGAAUAUAAAAUGGAAAGUUCUUAUUGAUGGUUGUCGCUUUAAAACUAAAGAACAAAAUGAUCGUAAAGCUAAUAUUCAAUUUUGUAAACGUGCGUGAGUUUGAAGUUUGUAAACAAGCGUUCAUUUGAAGUUUGUAAACACGCAAAAUUGAAUGGAGAUUUAACAAAAAAUUGCUCACUCGUAUUCUUCAAAGCAACAAAAGUAGUAUUAAUUUACGAAACAUCAACGUGAUAUUUUCUUCGAUGUUUUUAGUCGCAUUUUUUUCAAUACAAAAGUGAAAUAUUUAAAUGCAUUCACAUUUACAGAAUAAUUGUUUAUGGGUUACUCUUGUUCGUUUUCAUGAUCAACAAUUUUGUAUGGACUUUACUGUAUCAGUUUAAAUUUAAUUUAACCAUGUCGCAAACAAAUAGUUAUACAUUUCGCGCGUUUCAUCGUGCUCAAGCGAUGAAAAAUGCGCAUGACGGAAGCACUUUAAUUGACAGUCCAGAGAUGCGUUCCUCAGAAAAGGAUAUUAUAAUACUGAAAACAUUUGCUCGAAAUAACAAUUUGCCAUUCUCAAUAAAAUUUAAAAAACAAAAUGAUAACGAAAACAAUACUAUAUCGUCUGGGCAUGCGCCAGAAACGAACAAUAAUGUACUUAAUGGUAAAACCAAUGUUUCAAGAUCAGCUGGGGAUCGUUUUCGUGCAGCAGGUAUGAAAGCUAGAUUUGCUCGACGAAUGGAAAAGAUUGUAGAGGAACGAAUGACUGUAAAGCAGAUUUUCAAUCGAUAUGUUCAAACCUCGACGCUUCAUGGAUUUAGGUUUAUUUUUAUGGAUACAUUUAUAGUUAGACGAGUAUUAUGGACAAUAUUAACACUUACUAUGGCAACUAUUUUUUUCAAAGAAUUGAGAAACAGUAUAAACUUGUUUUAUGAGUACCCUUUUACAACUACGUCAACAAUUCAAUAUGAACCUAGUUUAACUUUUCCAGCAAUUAGUGUAUGUAAUCUGAACCAUUUUUUACUUAGUAAAAUAAAAAAAAGCAAACUUAAGCCUCUAUAUGAUCAAGGACGUUUGCCUUUUGACAACAGUUUAGAAAAUCCAGGAUUCGAUAUUCAAGGAGAAGAACUUUAUAGUAUAUUAAAAACUUCUUCACAAAGUAUAGACGAAAUAUUUUUAAGUUGCGAAUGGAAAAGUAGAGAUACAGCUAAAAAUGGAGUACCAAACCCAUGCAAGCCAAACAAUUUUACUGUGUAUAGUGGCCUUUAUGGUCAAAGUUGUUAUACCUUUAAUCCCGGUGUUUCUGGUUAUCCUUUAUUAAGUUUAAGUGAAACUGGAGUUAACAUGGGGUUUAAACUAGAACUAGAUUUGAAAUCAAAAGAUUCUCUUCAGGGAAUUCAAGAAAUUGGAGCUAUAGUAAUUGUUCACCAUCAGCAGGAAACACCAGUUCUUCAAGCUGGUUUUGUUGUUUCACCAGGUUUUCAAACGUUUGUGGAAAUAAAAGUGAGACAGACUGAAAAUCUUCCUCCACCUUAUGCAACAAAAUGUGGAUCUAAACCACUAAAAAACUAUCAAAUAUACAGACAAUCAAGUUGCUUUCUAGAACAACUCGGUGAUGCUAUAGAAACUAAGUGUAAAUGCAAAAGCAGUUUUAUGGCAGGAAGAAAUAUUCCGUACUGUUCGUUACGACAAACGGUUACUUGUCUAAUGCCUACAAUAUAUGACUUUGAUCGCAAGACUAACAAUAAUUGCCCAGUGGAUUGCGAAACAAUACAGUAUCUCUCUUCAUUAAGUUACGCUCGGUUUAUUUCUAAUGUUACAUAUUUAUCUAAAAAUGCCGAGCAAUCAAGUUAUAUCCGUAAAUUGAAAAAUUCAAUGUCUCCAAAGAAAUUGCAAAAAUAUAUUGAAGAAAAUAUUGUUGCAGUUCAAUUUUUCUAUCAAGAAAUGAAAAAAGAAAAAGUAAAACAAGAACCCAGUUAUGAUUUUUACAAGCUUAUUGGUGAUGUCGGAGGUCAACUUGGUUUGCUGUUGGGUGCAAGUGUUUUAACUCUCGUUGAGUUUGUAGACUUAUUUAUUUUUACCCUAUAUCAUCAGCUCCUGCGUUUGUCAAAAAAGAAAUCAUGACGUAAUGUACAAAUUAGGUAGAAAUCAUGACGUAAUAUUAGAUAAAACUGUUGACAUUUUAACUAUGACUUUACAAGAUUAAAGAUGCAAAAGCUGUAAGCUUGAAUUUAAAACAACCUUUAAAUACCUUCUUAAUACAUCCUCUGCUACUCCCUUAAAAGGGCUCUGGCUAAAUUACAAUAUAAAUACCUGAAACAAAGAGAGAAAUUAUUAUAAUAAUUUUAAAUUGUUUAUUAUAAAUACUAUUACCACUAUUUAUUGUUUUUAUUGUUAAUACCAACACAACUUUUAAUUUAUUGAUACUUAUAACUAUGUGUUAUUUUUUUCUUUGUUGCUUUUGUUUACUGAAUCUUGAAUUCCCAAAGUUGUAUUUUUAUUAUGAAUUCUCUUUUUAAGAAUUAUUUAUUGAUAGCAUUUUAUUUAAAAAUAAAAUAUUUUCAUGGC